CCUUAAAUUACACUCACCCUACCGACAGAUGUGAUUUGCUAGUGAGGGUAACAAGGCACGAGUAUGCAAACUGACCACUAGCUGCUACAGUCGGCCACGACGACGAUCAAUCGUACGAAAGGCGCACAUGGCGACGAUUACAGUGGAAUUUGUGUUUCGCGUUGACCAGUCCGGAUGGUGGCCGUUGUUUAGCGAGUUGAAGUAAAAGUAGAAACGGUGGGAGUAAUAGUAGUAAAAGUAAUAGUAGUAUGAUGAGACCAUGCCCCGGAUUAGGGAUCAUCAGUAGUGGACGAUCGGUGAACGACGAGUGAAAAGGUGUAACUUCAGUUCGACGGCGGAUGCGUGUUAAGAUGCGACGACAGUAACCACGAACCUUAAGCGAAUCGCCAGCAAACGAACGAGCGAGCAAAUACGAGCAGAACAAACAAAUUGAAUCAAUGUGAUUAAAAUAAAGCUUUAAUAUUAUUGCUUAUAAAACAACACGAGCACAACGUGGCGCCGUCGCUACCGCCAUCGCUGCCGCCGCCACACUCUGUUCAAGGAGCUGGGAACCAGCUGCUUUCUUCCAUUUCCCUCCCUAAACCUCGUAUGAAAGCCAUGUUCCAUCAUUCCACCACACCCGCGUGUGCGAGCCCGGCCAAAGCGAAAUGUCGAGAUAACAGUAAAAUUCAACAAAAGGACGAGUGUAGAACAGAGGAAACGUGCAGUAGUGGACGAUUCAUGUUCAGUUCAUGUUCAGCUCCUGUCACCAAUGAUAUUUUUUUGAUCAACAAUGCAAUGUGUGGUGUGUGUGUGUGUGUGUGACUUGUGAGUUUUUAUUUAACGUCGCAGAAAAAGUGAAAAUAACUUCCAAGAUGAUUGGUUUAUCGACCACAAAGGAUGCCGCUUAUAAGUUCUUCAAUGCAAAAUCCUCACAAAUAAGGAGGAUUCAACGGAGGAUAUACAUAUGACACAGAGAAAUACGCACACCUGGCACCACAAUGAUCGACAACAGGAAACUGCGAAACUGCUGUUCAAUUCAUCACGCUUGUACUUCUUUGGUUCUACUUCAUAUAUCUUGCGCUGUUAAGAUCGCUCGUUUAGCUGUACGUCGUGUUUCAGUUUUAAUCUUUGCUGUCACGAAGGAUGUCCAAAUUCCUCGAUCACAUUUUUCACCGGAAUGAAUGAAGGUGAUACGGAUAGUGAUUUUUAAAUUGAAUUAUAGAGCAUUUAAGUUUUAUAUGCCCAUUCACCUCUAGGCAUGGGGUUAAUCGGUAGACAAAACGCAGCCAGCACUACUCGAUUGUCACGUAAUAUGACUUCGCACAAAGGUAUAUACGUAAAUGUUCCGAUUAUUCGUUUCGUUUGUGCGAUAUUGCCUUAUAUUAUUGCAAACCCGGCUCAUUUUCAUGUAUGGUUUGGGUACAGAGUAGAAGCAAAAUUGCAAAACUUAUUCGCAGCUCGAACGUAGGAGUUAUAGUAUGGACCCAAUGCUACAUUAACUAAUGAACUGCAACGAAUUUAUAGCUUUUAGAGAAAGAGGAGACGAAAUCAAUACAAAGCAGUAAAACAGUCAGUGGCUCUACCAGAGGAAAAAUUUUCGAACUGCAAGGAAUAACGAAAGGAAAUAAGAAUAUCCAGGAAAUUUCUUAAUAACGCUACCUUGUAUUAGGUUGUCAAACAUUUUGCGGUUUUGGUUUUCUGAGUUGAGGAGGUUGGGGAUUUAUGUUGAUGGGUUUGUUUACAGGAAUUCGCACAAGCUAAAAAUGUAUCUAGUCAAACGAACGAACUUUGCUAACUUCAUCCAGACAGUAGAAAUGGGUCGACACAAAUCACGAAAAUCUAGCCUGUAGGACUGUGUAUUACUAAAAAUAAUAGGUUUAAUUAACGAAAGAUAAAACGCUGAACACAGGCUAAUUAAAAUCAGGAAACAAUGACGCUGACCGCGUAGCGAAUGAAUAAUUCCGCCGAUGGAGCGCGUCAUGAAUGGCGAUCCAUUGCAGCAGCAAAUGUUUAUUGUUGGAACAUGUCAAGAAGAGCACUUCUAAUUUAUAACUGACAAAAAGCAUAAAUGGCCUAACUAUAUAGCAAACAAAUAAAUGAAGCUAGGAAAACACAUACAGAUUAUAGCAGAACAUGUAAACCAUAUGGAAAUGCAAACAGUUUAUACCUAUUGAAAAAAAGGAAUCGACGAGUAAAUAGGUCGAAAGUAGGUUUGGUUAAACCUAAAACCUAGUAGCAAAACAUAUGCGGAUAAGACCAUUCUUUCUCAAAACACUUUCCCAACGUGACAAACAUUUGCAAAAUAAGGAUUUUGUGUUUAUUGUUCAAUUCAUUUGUUUUUAUGGAUGGCGAAACACACAGAACGGCAUUAACAACUAAAUUGGGGGUUUCAGUUGAUAUUUUUCCUUUGGCAAAUUGAACCGACAAGUGGCUGAUAUACUAUGCUUCGUCGAAUGAGCACCGUCGUAGUUGAGACACUUGUUGAGAAAAGCAAAUGGCAUGAUCUCUUUAACAACGAAAAAGCAGGAAAAUAUAAUCUGAUGCAUGGUAUGUCGUAUCACAGAUAAUCGAUUUACUAGCGUUUUAGUGCCAUACAGAAAAGUAGCACUUUCUAAAAGAUUUCAUUUGUCCUUGUUCAGGGUUCCUUUCGAUUCUUGGUUCAUAUAAAAAAAAACAA